AUGUUGUUGCAGGAAGUCAAAAAGCUUCUCAAGCUGAACGGUCUCUUGCUAGCUCCUGACGCCGCAGAAUACCUAGCUUCCACCCUUGAUAUUGUUUCUGGUGAUGCAGUUAGGCGCUUCGUUGAAUGCGUGCUCUUCGUUCCGGCAUUGGAGGACAACCGUGUUACGAAAUCUGUCUGUGAGCAAAUCCUCACCAGCUGGAAGUCCAGUUCCAGCGCUUGUGCAGAAGUCAUUCGUCUCAUCAAUGCUCUUGAUGUGCCUCGUUUCAGAUAUUGUCGAGACACAAAUAAAUUCGUUCCACUCCGGAUUUCACCGGGAGAUGAUAUGAAUAGUCUUCUUCCCUCCUCUCCUCUGCCCAAAUCCUUUCUCUUUGCUCAUCGGUAUGAGGUGGUAUACCAACGGGUGGCCCGAAAUCCUCUCUUUUCCGACGAGAAUGGUUUCAAGCUACGUCCGAUAGAGUUUCUUCUCUCUUCUGGUGGCAAAAGAGCUUCAGAAGGUGAAGAGGAGGGUGAACGAGAUGGAGAGGUGACACCAACAGUGAUUGUCCUUGGCGUCUUAAUACAGCUGAAAAAUGCUCAGUGGCACCUCGAGGAUCCUACUAAUCUGAUCAAGUUGGACCUUUCCAACACUCGAUUUCAUCAGGGAAUCUUUUCGGAGGGAGCGAUAGUUCUCGCCGAGGGUUACUACGACGAUAAUGCUGAGGUGUUUCGGGCCUCUGGUAUUGGCCUUCCGCCUGUAGAAAGCGCUGCCCAGACGCGGAAAUAUUUCAGUGUGACAAAUCCCUUCGGUGGGGAGAAAUUAGACGCUCCUGCCGCUCCUGUCGACCAACAAUUGUCUCGACUUCUUAACGCACUACCAGAUUCCAUGCUGGUUCUCUUGGGAGAAACACGCCUGGACGCGGCAGGAUGUCUGGAACACCUUGAGACCAUUUUUACGGGCUACGCAGACUUUCCACCCUGCGCGUUUCUUCUCUGUGGCGAUUUUAUCGCAGCUGACUACAGUCCUCACAUUGGCGAAAAACGUGGCUUGUUGAAACACCUCUUUAAGCGCCUCAUCGAUGCCUUUCUCCGAGUCUAUGGCGAUGCGGAGGCACGCGGACACCGUCAACCGCGCCUGGUACUGGUUCCUGGACCUCAUGACCCUUGUGUCGGGCCUCAGGGAAUUCAUCCUCGCCCUUCACUUCCAUUCGACCUCUUCGGAAUAGAGGAACGAGGCGCCUUGUCUACUGAUUGGCUCUGGUUGGCUACCAAUCCGUGCAGAUUAAGGGUGUUUACAAGAGAGGUGGUGGUUUUUCGAUAUGACUACGGAAGGCACUUAAUGAGAUAUUGCCUUCACUUACCAACUGUUUCGUCAACUUCUGCUGACGCUACUGUGGAAGCUGCUUCCUGCGAUCUCGAUGCUGAGACACAGCAGGAACAAAAUCGGGAACACACUAUGACAGUAAAAGGAGAGGACGCUCCAGCUGCAGUGUUGGGUCGAGGGCUAGCCCGCUGCAUCUCCAGUCAAGGACACCUCGCUCCCUUACCACUUCACGUUUCCCCAGUCUACUGGGCCUACGAUCAAAGUCUUUGUCUUAACCCUCUGCCAGACCUUGUCGUUGCUGUGGAACCGGGAGCUAUUGCUGAUUUGAACGUCGCCUCGACCUCCAUUGUGUCUGGAGGCGAGGAUCCUCUUGGUGGCUGUCGAUUCGUCAAUCCAGGGCGCUUUGGAAGUGAAGAAUACAGCUUUAAGGUAUACUACCCAAGCAGCAGACUCGUGGAAGAUAGUAGGGUACCCCCAUAG